GUACUACAGUGCCCUAUUCUGUCACACACACACACACACACACACACACUAAAAACAGAGCUCCGUUUUUGAACGCGCGAACAACUUCCAUAGACGAACACUCCCAACACCACACUAUUUUUCUUUCUCUAUUCUUUCUUUUCUUUUAAAUUUUCCCUUUGCAUUCUCACCCAAAAUCUUACAAAUGCUUGCUUACUUGGAAAUUUAUGAGGAUGAAGGAGGAGAGGGUGUUGAUAAUUUGAUGCAACAGAGUCAUUGAGAUUUGCGCCUUUGAAGAAGAUCUUCAGCGAAUCAGUAUGAAUUAAAAGCAAAGGCGGCUGAAAUUUAUGAUGGGGUUUUUCAAUUACAGAGAGAAGAAGAAGAGAAGAUGUCUCUUUCUCUUUCUUUAUCUGUAAUGCUGCUGCUGCUACUACUACUCGCCUACUACUACUAGUUCUUCGUCAGCAAUGUCAUCAUAAUGCCUCGAAGUUAAUGGAUGGACUCGAUACCCGAGGCAUUGGUCUAAAUCGAGCAUUUCUCUCGGGCUAAAUGUUUAUUAUGCUUAUGUUUCUCAGGUAGUAACGUGCUAUUGACGGACGAAAUCUCUGAAAAUCCGCCGUUUCUGGUACAGGCUUAAGCCUCUUUCAGUGAUUUUGCUUCGAGCCAGUCAUUGCUCUACUGGGUAAGUCCCAUAACUCGUCUACCUGCAGAAGGAGGAGUUGGAUGGCGUGAACAAAGUUUACAGAGGAAAACAGAGGAGUCGUUUGUCUGUGUUAUUCUGCACUGUUUAACUUUUGAUAUUGUCAUCGAAGAUGAAGUUCAUGAAGUUGGGAUCAAAACCAGACGCCUUUCUAGCUGAUGGAAAAACUACUCGGUAUGUUUCAUCUGAACUGCCAACGGACGUUACCAUUUUUGUGGGUGAAGUAAAGUUUCUUGUUCAUAAGUUUCCUCUGUUGUCCAAGAGCAAUUGCUUACAGAAACUAGUAUCGAAAGCCAAUGAGGAGAAUUCCGAAGAAAUUCAUCUGAUUGAUUUUCCUGGUGGCCCUAAGGCAUUUGAAAUCUGUGCAAAGUUUUGCUAUGGAAUGACUGUUACUCUUAAUGCCUAUAAUGUAGUGGCUGCUCGCUGUGCAGCUGAAUUCCUUGAAAUGACAGAGGACAUUGAAAGAGGAAAUCUUGUAUUUAAGAUUGAAGUGUUCCUAAACUCUAGCAUCUUCCGUAGUUGGAAAGAUUCCAUCAUUGUGCUCCAAACUGCCAAAUCUCUUCUUCCUUGGUCUGAAGAUCUGAAGAUUGUUGGAAGAUGUAUUGAUUCAAUUGCCUCAAAAACUUCCGUAGACCCUGCGAAUAUCACAUGGUCUUACACAUAUAACAGGAAACUAGCAGAAGUGGAUAGAAUUGUAGAAGAUGGAAUCAAGUACCAAAAGAAAAUUGAUUGUGUACCAAACGACUGGUGGGUUGAAGAUGUUUGUGAACUAGAGAUUGAUCUGUAUAGACGUGUUAUGAUUGCUGUGAAAUCGAAGGGCAGAAUGGAUGGUUCUGUCAUUGGGGAGGCACUUAAAACUUAUGCUGUUAGAUGGUUACCAGACACCGUCAAUGCUUUGGCCUCUGAUGCUCAUAUUAAGAGGAACAGGUCCCUCAUUGAAACAAUCAUUUGCUUGUUGCCAUCUGACAGAAACAUAGGUUGCUCAUGCAGUUUCUUGCUCAAACUCAUGAAGGUUGCCAUUUUGGUUGGAGCUGAUGAUGCAUUGAGGGAGGAUUUGGUUAAGAGAAUUGGGUUGAAGCUACACGAGGCUUCGGUCAAAGAUUUAUUGAUUCUUGCACAAUCUCCUCAAGUUACAAGAUAUGAUGUUGAAUUGGUUUAUAGGAUUGUGAAUCAGUAUUUUGUUCAUCAAAAGUUUAACCGAAAUACUGAUGUUAUCGAGAGGAGCGAGAAAGGGGCUGAAAAUCUUUUACUGGGACAUGGCUCCUCAUUGAAUGUAGCUAAAUUGAUUGACGAGUAUCUCGCUGAAAUUGCAGACGACCCAAAUCUCUCACUUGCUAGUUUCAUCGACUUGUCACAGUCGAUUCCUGAAUUUGCAAGGCCAAUACAUGAUAGAUUAUAUAAAGCAAUUGACAUUUAUCUUAAGGUUCACCCAAGUUUGUCGAAAGUUGAUAAGAGAAAGAUAUGUAGUCUGAUUGAUGUCAAGAAACUAACAACGGAGGCGUCGAUGCACGCAGCGCAGAAUGAACGACUCCCACUUAGAGUUGUAGUUCAAGUUCUCUUCUUCGAACAGGUUAGAGCCUCCGUUAGCGUCGAAGCACAAAACUCUCGAGACUCUUCAAGUGUAAUGACAAGCAUAGAUGAAGAAUGCCCGAAGGAGUUGGACAGCUGCAAGUCCCUCAAACACAAUAUGGGGCACAUGAAGAUAAGUGAAGACAUUCAGAAAACGAAGAAGUUAGCUAAGAAGAGCAGCAAGAACAGUAGAAGUGGUAUGCAACUGUUGCCGUCAAGGUCCAGGAGAAUUUUUGAUAAGUUAUGGAUCAUGGGUAAAGGGCACGGGGAGAGUCGGAGUCCCGAAACGUCGGGGAGUUCUCAGAGUCCAACUUCAGUGGUUCCAGGAGAUAUGAAAUCUUCUGGUUCAUACACAAGACAGAGGAGGCACUCAAUAUCCUAGAUUAUGGAUAAAGCUGUAGCAGCCAAAGUGUAGAAAGUGGUAGGAUGUUAUAUUGUAAUGAUUUUCGAAACAAUUUCUUUCCUGAGAAAGAAAGAAAGAAAAGAAAAAAAAGAAAGAGGAAGACAAGAUGUUUAAAUGCGAUCUGUAGAAACUGUUAGAUCAUUGUACUUGCGCUUAAUAUAAAAAAUCUAUCUUCAUUCAAA